ACCGGCAGUAUGGUAUUAAUACAUGGCUUAGUGCGCGCGUCGAACGCAAUUGCAAACCGAGACCGAUUUUAAACUUAAUCCGCGCGUGCAAGUUGCGAUUCGUCGAGUUCGCGUCGCAAACUAGCCGGUUUCGCACGCAAUCCGCGCGCCGCGUCCGUUCACCUGUCGGCGCUAUUUUAUUUCGUUUAUGCAAGUGUCGAAUUAUUCAAAAUUCAUCUUCAUCUUUAGUUCUGCAAUUUAAAACAAUUGAUUCAUCAUGGGAGCACUUACAGAUGAAUACGAAAAUAAAAUCAAAGCCGAUUGCGAGCAGUUGUACGUCGUGCUGAAGAAUUGCGACGCCCCCGAUCAAGGUGCACGCGAUGGCGAAAGCAUCAAAACUCUGUAUCGCCUUGUUUUCCUCUUAUCAUAUCGACAUGGAUCCAAGCUGAUGGCGAUCACGACCACGACCGCCAGCUAUUUGUGUCACCAUCCCAUGUUACCGGUGAUACUCGUUGAAAUACUGAGGGAUAGCAAAAACAUCAAAGUCUGCGCGUAUGUCCUUGACAUUCUGUCCAAGCUCGUGCUGAAGAAUGCCAUUGUGGGUGAGACAGAGCGGAAAGCAAUUCGGCGUGUAUUCCACGAACCGCAUCACUUCCGUACGCUGCUACAAGCACUACGCAAUAUGGACACGCGCUAUCAAGUACUCGUAGAUGUUACCGACUCAACUGAUGAAGAAACGACACAGGCGCAUGAUAUGCAAGUUAGAUUUUUGAAGAUCAUCAACUGCUUGUAUAGCAGGAAAGGCCAAUCGCAGAUUUCGUUAAUUACCGAAUUUAACGUCGAGUUUAUAGGCCGCCAUUUUGUUAAACAUGCGAUGAGCAACAUGGAAAUUUCCAGAUGUAUGUUACCACUGAUCAAAACCUUUUGUCGAAAUAAAAAAAACUGCGAGUUGAUUUGUGACCAAGCGUUUGUUCUCGCUUUCGUAACACUAGUACCAGCUGUCAAGCGAUACCCAGCUGGUAUUUCAAUCCUUCGGUUCCUCUCGAGGAGUCCGGAAGCCAUGGCUGAAUUAUGUCAGUCCGAGGCAGUCCACCAUUUUGUUGUGCAAACUGCAAUCCAUCACGCGGAGAAAUCCACACAUAGGAAAUAUCUUAUGAGUACAAUGUAUCGUCUUGCAAAAUCAAGUUAUGGUAUGCAAUUGUUAAAAAACACGUCUCUAUGGUUAUCCCUAUUGGAGUUCUUCAUGAAAAGCGAUCGUCUUGAAGAACUCCGGCAACGUAUGUCUUUUACACGCGCUUAUACUAUUUUACAUCGCGGUGUAACAAAUAAAUUCGUAAUGGCGACGCCAUUGUUAAUAGACUUUGAUCUACCAGGAGAUAUACAAGCUUACAUUUGUGAUAGAGCAAAUCACCAUUCGUCUGAUGACAGUGACAAUGACGAAGAAGAAGAGGAAGAUGAGCUGAGAAACGCAAGAAGUCGAACGGUUUCAGCGGAAAAUGAAGAUGAUGAUAAUGAUGACAGUGAUAACGAUAACGACGAAGAAGGAGAAGAAGACGAACGCAUGGAAACCAAAGAAGAAGACGAUAAAGACAAUGAAAUGCAAACAGAAAAUCAUCAUGAUGUUAAUGACGAGAAAAAUUUCCAACAAUUUUUUGCAGAGUUUAAUGAUUUUCAUGAAAAUAACCAGCAGGGUUGUGAAUUAUUCAAGUCAAAAAUUCAUCGACAUGCUUUAAUUGACCGACUUGCAUUACCAGACCUCUUACCACAUCUUGAAAAUGAUAAUGAUGGAUAUUUAACAGCAGAUAUUAAUCAUUACUCGACUGACCAGUUAUACAGCAAAAUUGUAUCAAUGAAAAAUAACUUGGCCACGUUCCAACCUGUAGUUAUAUACGAUUUGGACGAAUUAAUCACGCAAAAUCAACAUCAAGACGUUAAUAUACCAAAUAUUGAAGAUAUUCAUAUGAAUUAUCUUAAUGCUGAAUGUGACAUGAUGUCCACUGAAGUAUUACACUUCGAAUCACGUUUUGAAUGCGGAAAUUUACGAAAAGUGGAACAAAUUGGAGAAUACGAAUAUAACCUCUUCAUCUCGCCGGACGCAAACAUGGCGUGCGGACUGCAAUGGUUCUACUUCCAAGUCUCCGGCAUGAGGGCGCUGGCAACCUACGCGUUCAACAUUGUAAAUUUACAAAAGUGCAACAGUCAAUUCAGCUACGGCCUGCAGCCGGUAAUGUUUUCAGUUCUGAGCUAUGCACUCAACUCACGCGGCUGGCGUAAAUGCGGCUCGGAGCUGAUGUACUACGGCAACGAGUAUAUUUGCAGCGAGAGUAACAAACAAUACCGCACGUUGCGAUUCUGCAUCACGUUCGAAUACAAUGGCGACGUUUGUUACUUCGCCUAUCAUUACCCGUACACGUAUACAAGAUUAAUGCACGUGGCGCUUGCAUCUUUCACUCUACCGAAUGAUAAUGUCUAUGUACGUGUUGAAGAACUUACCAAGUCUGUUGGUGGGUUUAACACGGUGCCGUUGAUUACAAUCACAGCGAGAAACACGGAAAAAACACAGUUUGAGGAGAGAAAAUUGGUGUUUUUGACGUCGCGCGUUCAUCCGGGCGAAAGUAACGCCUCAUGGAUCAUAGAGGGCGCUAUGCGAUUUCUAUUGACAGAUGAGGAAACAGCACAAUGCGCACGCGAGAAUUACAUCUUCAAAAUAAUUCCAAUUUUGAAUCCGGAAGGCGUUAUCUAUGGCAACACGCGUUGUGGUCUCACCGGUAACGAUCUCAAUCGCUGCUGGAAGAAACCGCAUCCACGCUUGCAUCCAGAGAUUUACAACGCUAAGCGCUUGGUGCAAUAUGCAAAGGAAUAUUUACAAAAUGAAAUCUUUGCUUUUGUUGAUAUACACGGUCACAGUAGGAAGAAAUAUUUCUUUCUUUAUGGUUGUAAUGCGCGUCAAAGCUGGGAUGAGUCCGACGCCAUUUUGUCUGAUACACUGGACGCGUUCAAUGCGCUGCCGAAAGCAAUGUCUGCUGUCAAUCCCAACAUGAAACUGUCCUACUGUCGGAACACAGUGGAGCGCAAGCGCGAGACAACCUGUCGUGUGGUUAUGUGGCGCGAGUUCGCGAUUCAUCGCUCGCAUACGCUCGAAUGUUCUUUCUGCUCGGGCGAAAACAAAAAGAAAAUCACGACUGGAAUGCUUCGUGAAAUCGGCGAAGGGCUCAUUAGAGCACUUGCCAACCUAACGACUAGUAGUGAAUAGAUGGCGCUGUCAAAACAUGCAUCUGCUUUGCUUCUAUUCAACCAUUUGCUUUUUACUUUUACUUCGGCUGAUGUAGUUACAAACACACAUUCCCAGAUACAUUUGUGAUGAAACUUUUAGCAUUCUUAAUACUUAUGCUUUGCUAUCCGGUA